UUUCCUUUCACAUCUGUCGUCUUUGGAGAGCUUCUCUAUUGGCGGGAACCCCUGCGUUAACAUGACCGGAGGCGUUGUUGGUUUUGACUACAGGCCCUACGUCAUCAACUGGUGUCUUGGUCUCAGAGUCCUGGACGACUUCGUUGUCACACAGAGGGAAAGCCUAAAGGCCGAGUGGUUGUACAGCCAGGGCAAAGGGCGCUGCUUCCAUCUGGGUGACCACCUGGUGCUUGUUGAAUACCUGUCGCAAGUGUGUCCCCUCACUGGUGCUGACCAGAUGGAGUCUGAGGACGAGGAGCGCAUCUCUCGCAUCCUCCGGAUGCAGCGCCAGCACCGAGAGCAGCUGCUGCACGAGAUGUCGCCCGCGGCUGCCGCCGCCGCUGCCGCACCUGUGGUGCAGGACAACUCGAGGCACCACCACCAUCACCAACAGCAGCACACGCCAUCUGGGAACCGCAGGCCGAAGAGCGCCGUUGGAAGACUGUCAUCGUCAAGACAGGCUUGCCUCGCCAAGGACAAGUGGUCUGACUUCUCGGCUAGCGAGGACGAGCGGGGCUCCUCGGUGUUCGACCCGUUUCCGGACCUGCUGGCGCACUCGGACGAGGGGCCAUCGAGGUCGCAGACUCAGUGCCAGCUGAGCGACGCCUCCGAGAUGCUGGGCGCCGAGCUGACCCGGUCUGCCGUGGACCCCCAUAGCCCCGUCACCAUCGAGAGAGUCUCCUCGGACGCCGGCGGGAACGAGCGGAGCAGGCAAAGGCGUUCCCGCAAGGACGACAUCAUGACUCGAUCCGUUCCGGAGUUUCGUUCCGACGGAUCGCCGAUUUUGCACAACUACGGAAAGUCCUCUUACGGCAGGACAUCUCCUCGGGCCAUCCCCGUUCGCAAGGUGUCGUCCAAGAGGACGGAACCUCCUUCGUUCGCUGCCAGUGGCGGCAUACCGUCCACGCGCAGCUUUGAAGGCUGUGCCGUUGGGAGCACCACACCGGCGGCGUCGUCAAGCCGGCUGCACCAGCGCAGCCCCUCCGACGGGGGCCUGAGCCGGAGCGCCAGCUUCCGCACGCCCGUGGGCCGCUCGCCCUACGCCACGGUCGCCACCGCGUCGCCGCGAAAGACUCAGCGAUCUUCGUCCGUCUCGGCCGCCUGCCCGCUGGCCUCCACCUCGUACUCCACCGUGGCCUCCCCGCACAAGGCUCCGACCAGGACGUCUCCAAAGUACUGCAACGGGCCAACCUACUUGCCGACCACUCAAGGCAACCUUAAUGUUGUUAACAACAACAAUAACAACAACAACAUAGAUGUGUUGUCCUUGGUGGAAAGCGACCCCCUACUGAAGCAGCGCAGCCAAGCUGUGGGACUCGAGGUGCUCGACCGGGCAGCCGUGCGAAUCCAGGCGCUUUGGCGAGGAUAUCGCACCCGCAACCACAUGAGCCGCGUGCGAAAUGUCUGCCAGGAGGUGCGGUUGCGCCGGCUCGAGGAGUGCAUUCUCGAUGUCCAGACCAAGAUGGCGAUCACUGAACAGGCACUGCUCAGACAGCAGAAAGAAAUAGAAGAAGAGAGGAAAUACAGGAAUGCCAACAAGGAGGCCCUGGACAGGCUACUCAAACAAAUGGAACAGCUCGAAACACACAUUGCCAAGGUGUUCCAGCAGCAUGUGCUGCUCCAACAGCAGCUGGCACAGCAUUCUGGCAGCAUUUUCAAGCCCAUUCACAAUGAACCGCACUCGGAAUCGUCAUCGUCCGAGGCCACUGUUGGGAACAGCGCAUCCACCACGUCAUCCGCUACGAGCCACUCCCCUGCCAAAGAUGUUGCUCCAAAGGAUCCUGAAAAGGAUGUCGGAAAGCCCGCCGGCCAAGGAGAUGUGUCUGGGUGUGCGGAACAGCCAAAGUCGGAGAGGAGACCAGAGUUUAGCUACCAAUCUAGCCAUGAGCAAGCAUCGGGCGACGCGACGAGUGCAGAUGACACAUCUUGCGCCAGCUUCUCAGAGGCUGAAAUGCAUUCGAGCAAGACAGAAGUUGAACCGGACACUAAAGGACAAACACCAGCAAACCUGGAGGCUGCCUGCCUGAUUGAAGUUAACGACAGGCUGGCGAGGUUGGAAGCAGUCAUAAUGAAGCUGGCCAUUCCAGAGAGCAGCCUGGAGCACUUGGGCGCCACCUUUGCCAAGCCAUGAAGGAGGCAGCGCAGAAUGGCAUCCUCUGCAGAAGUUACUUGGCUGCAAGCAACUGCACUGUUCUAUCACACUUGCACUGCUGCGCUUUCUUUUACCGCUCUAGUUUUUUGAGAUUUUUUAAUUGGAAAGCUGAAGAAGGAAGAAAAGAGAACAGUUAUUAUGUUUUCUACUCAAGCCACUGCAUCAAAUAUUUAUUUUCACUGUGAUUAUUGUACACAAAUGAAUUUUACCUCACUGUAUCAUACAAGGCUUUGUAACUCGGUGCUCUGGCAUUUUUUUAUAUGAUCGCUCACUGCGUGAGGAAAGUUGGCCUGAUUGGCAGUGCUCGGCGAGAUGUGCUUUCGAAGCUUUUGUGAUCGGGGGAAUCUGCACUACUGUGCAACAAUGCAGAAAGAAAAAUUAAUUUAUUGCUUCUGUAUUCUGUGCUGUUAGAUUUAAACUACAGUAAAGUCUCAUUCACCUCUCAUG